UCGAAGCACUGAAAGUCCAGUCGGACCAGGGCUGUGCUGACAACAACGGACCCAUUGACCUGAUGGAGGAGGUGAGGGACAUCGAGGCUCACCUGAAGGAGGAGGCCUGGAAGGUGGUACAUGAGGUGAAGGCCGUGGGCAGGAGAAGUUUGGGCUCGGCCAUGUCCACAGGGGAAAUAGCCACCAGCUCUCUGGGAAGACUGAGCUCAGUGGAUAUGAACACCCCUGCUGAGCUCCGUGACUACUUGGAUGUUGGGACCCCGGUCAAGUUGCGUGACAGCCCACCCAGGCCUGCCCCCCCCUCCUAUCAAGCCCAGGAGCAAACUGCCUCGGCCUAUAAGGUUCCUUAGCUUGCCAAAGGCUGCCACCGGCUCAGGGAGAAGAAGAUCGAGGGCUUGACCUCUCUCCGUGUGAUGGCUCAGAACCACAUGGACAUACUGAUGCCUAAACUCCAUGAUAUCUGCCUUGCCAUUAUAAAUGAGGUGAAGAACCUGCGCUCUGCAGUGUCCUGUGCUGCCAUGGCCACACUGGGUGACAUGUACGUCCACCUCCAGAGGGCCAUGGAUUGUGAGGUGGAGGGGACGGCACGCGUGCUGCUGCACAAAGCCAGCGAGGCCAACGCCUUCAUCCGGCAGGGCGCCAACUUUGCCCUGGGUCACAUGGUGCAGAGCUGCACCCCUACCCGUGUCACGAAUGCCCUGCUGGUCGGUGGGCUGAGGUAA